AUGAUCCUGCCCGAGAAAAAUGCCGGAAGCAGGAAGCGCGAGAUGUGGCCGCCGAACUGCAAACCGCUCCGUGAAGUGGCCGAUAUGGUGCAUGGCACUAUUCCGUUGUACUAUCCGCUCAAUUUGAUCAUCGAUACGCCGGAAUUUCAACGUUUGCGACGUAUCAAGCAGCUCGGCUUCACCUAUGUUGUUUAU